AUAAAGUUGUGUGGGUGUUGAUCACUAUAAAAGAGUGCAGCCUAUUCAAUCACUACACCGAUUUCUGUGAUUAUGGCGAAGCUUCUUACAUUUACAGAAAGUGACCUAAUAGUCCCUUACAACCCGUUGCUCCAGCUUCAGAAAUGGCUUGAUGAAGAGAAAGAUGCUACAGACUCAGUUCUAAUGUCUUUAUCCACUGUAAGCUCAGAUUGCAUCCCUUCUUGUCGCUACCUUAAUUUCUGUGGACUUCGAGAAAGUGGCAUUCCAUUUUACACUGACAGCAGGAGUAGGAAAGUCAAGGAAUUUACAGCCAAUCCAGCAGUUGCUCUGACCCUAUACAUUCAACCUUUGGUUCGUCAGAUACGCAUACAAGGGACAGUGAAGGAGCUCAGCAAGGAGAUAGCAGCUGGAUAUUUCAAUGCUCUAUCAAGAGAACACCAGAUCACACUUGUGCUAAACCAUCAGGAUAAACCGAUAGCUAGCAGGAAGGCAAUGAUUGAGAAAAGGAAAGAAAUAGCUCAAAAGUACAGUGAUCCUUCAAUACGUAUAUCAUUGCCAGAGAGCUGGAGAGCUUAUAUUGUUCUGCCAAAUGUCAUUGAGUUCUUUCAAGGCCACACUGACUGGCUUGAUGAUAGAAUCGUCUUUACAAAGGAAGAUGACAAGUGGAAUGUUAAGCGUCUUUUACCUUGAGUCAUUGAACAAUAUGAAAGUUAUAAUGGUUCUUGUGUGAAUAAGUAUUAAUUAUAAUGUUAUUCCAAGCAAAAAUAAAUAAUUUCAUUUA